AUGUUGUUGGAGAAGCUGGUUAUGAGUGCGGCAACAGACAUGAUCAGGCAUGAGAUCAAGAGCAGGUUCUUGCGGCCGAGCAAUGAAUCAGCAAGUGUGCCUAGGAUAAGGCCACCUAUAAGGCACCCGAUGAAGAAAGAUGAGGCAGGUAGGCCUGUAAUGAAUGAGCUAGCACAUUCAAGGGACAAUUCUGAUAUGGUGGUCUUUGAGGCAGGGCCAUUCCAAUGCCCAAUCAGGGCAGGGAAGUGCACAAACGGAAGAGGUAGAGCUGCAUGUAGUGGAAUUGGUGGUGCAAUGCCAUGCAGGUUGGGCAUCUGUGUAGACACUUAUGAAUGA